CGUGGGCUCUGAUCCAACUCAAGUUCCCAGCGACUUUCCGGAGGCCGGGAACAGGGAAAACUUUUUCCAAUACAGUCAGAUCCCGCCUCCCCGGAGGCUCCAUAUCCUCCACAGCUUUCCCAGGACCCCAGAGUCCAGGCCCCUAUUCCCCUCCUCCCGCGGACCCUAGCAGACAAAGACCCCGGGCCAAGCCCAGCGGCGCUGCGGCGUUCAGGACCCCCGUAGGCCAAAAUCCCAGCCCAGCCCUCCCCCAUGUGGCCAGACAAAGGGACGGUGGAGCCGGCCUCCCCGUCUGCACCCACAAUGCGGCAUCGGCUGGUCCUGCUGCUGCUCCUCUCUGCCCUGGUGACCCCCUCCACUGCAGCCCCUAUCCACGAUGCUGAUGCCCAAGAGAGCUCCUUGGGUCUUACAGGCCUCCAGAGCCUACUCCAAGGCUUCAGCCGGCUUUUCCUGAAAGGUAACCUGCUUCGGGGCAUAGACAGUUUCUUCUCUGCCCCCAUGGACUUCCGGGGCCUCCCUAGGAACUACCACAAAGAGGAGAACCAGGAGCACCAGCUGGGGAACAACACCCUCUCCAGCCACCUCCAGAUCGACAAGAUGACCGACAACAAGACAGGAGAGGUGCUGAUCUCCGAGAAUAUGGUGGCAUCCAUCCAACCAGCAGAGGGGAGCUUCGAGGGUGACUUGAAGGUACCCAGGAUGGAGGAGAAGGAGGCCCUGGUACCCAUCCAGAAGGCCAUGGACAGCUUCCAUGCAGAACUCCAUCCCCGGGUGGCCUUCUGGAUCAUUAAGCUGCCACGGCGGAGGUCCCACCAGGAUGCCCUGGAGGGCGGCCACUGGCUCAGCGAGAAGCGACACCGCCUGCAGGCCAUCCGGGAUGGACUCCGCAAGGGGACCCACGAGGAUGUCCUAGAGGAGGGGACCGAGAGCUCCUCCCACUCCAGGCUGUCCCCCCGAAAGACCCACUUACUGUACAUCCUCAGGCCCUCCCGGCAGGUGUAGGGGUGGGGACCGGGGAGCACCUGCCUGUACCCCCAUCAGACCCCGCCCCAAGCACCAUAUGGAAAUAAAUUUCUUUCUUACAUCUAA